AUGUCGACACAGCAUCAGAACAAGAAGGCCGUCCACUUCGGAGCCGGUAACAUCGGCCGUGGCUUCGUCGCCUGCUUCCUCCACAACUCUGGCUACGAGGUUGUCUUCGCCGAUGUUGCCGAUUCUCUCAUUGACAAGCUCAACGAGACCCCCUCAUACCGUGUCAUUGAGGUCGGCGCUGAGGGCACCAACGAGAACACCAUCACAAACUACCGCGCCAUCAACUCAAGAACUCACGAGGCCGACUUGGUCGAGGAGAUUGCCACCGCCGACGUUGUCACGUGUUCCGUCGGCCCGAACAUCCUGAAGUUCAUCGCCCCGGUCAUUGCCAAGGGCAUUGACAAGCGACCCAGCAACCUGGCUCCUAUCGCUGUCAUUGCCUGCGAAAACGCCAUUGGCGCCACCGACACCCUUGCUGAGCACAUCAAGGACCCUCGCAACACUCCCGCCCACCGCUUGGAGGAUCACCACCAGCGCGCUCGCUACGCCAACUCUGCCAUCGACCGCAUCGUCCCUGCUCAGGACCCCAACGCUGGCCUGGACGUCACCCUCGAGAAGUUUUAUGAGUGGGUUGUCGAGCGCACUCCCUUCGAGGAGAUCCCCAGCAUCGAGGGCAUCAACUGGGUUGAUGAGCUUGCUCCCUUUAUCGAGCGUAAGCUUUACACUGUCAACACUGGCCACGCUACUGCAGCCUACCACGGAUACAACCGCAGCAAGCGCACUGUCUACGACGCUCUCCAGGACAAGGCCAUCAUGGCCGAGGUUCGCAAGGCGCUCGAGGAGACGAGCAACCUGAUCAUCAGCAAGCACGGCAUUGACGAGAAGGCUCAGCGCGAAUACGCUGCCAAGAUCAUUCGCCGUAUUGGCAACCCCCAUUUGGAGGAUGCUGUUGAGCGCGUUGGCCGCGCUCCUCUCCGCAAACUUAGCCGCAAGGAGCGUUUUGUCGGCCCUGCGGCUGAGCUCGCCGAGAAGGGUCAGGACUGCUCCGCCCUGCUCCGCGCCGCCGAGAUGGCUUUCCGCUUCCAGGACGUUGAGGGCGAUGAUGAGAGCAAGGAGCUCUCCAAGCUUAUGUCCGAGAACGGACCCGAGGACGCUGUUACUAAGAUCUGCGGUAUCCAGCCCUCAGAGAAGAUCCACCCCAUGCUUGUCGAGGUGGUUCGCAGAGUCCAGGCCGACAGCGAGGAAUGA